AUGUCAAAUAUUGAAUCAGAAGUUCCUAAUUUGUUAGGUCAUGAAGAUUUAACUUCCUACAUAUCAAAGAAAUCUCAUGAAUUUCAAGAACCAAAAUAUAACAAUUAUCCAAGAGGUGAUGGUACCAUUGUUCCUGAAUACAAUGAAGUUGAACCAACUGCUAUUGGUUGGGUCAGAGAUGUCAUUGGUCAUCCUGGUCAUAAACUUAGAGAUUAUCUCUUUUCUUUAUUUCCUAUCUUAAAAUGGAUCUUGCAUUAUAAUGUUCAAUGGUUAUACGGUGAUUUAGUCGCUGGUAUUACUGUCGGUGUGGUUUUAGUUCCUCAAUCUAUGUCUUAUGCUCAAUUAGCUGGUUUACAAGCUCAAUUCGGUUUAUAUUCUUCCUUUGUCGGUGUGUUCAUUUAUUCCUUUUUUGCAACUUCAAAGGACGUCUCUAUUGGUCCUGUCGCUGUUAUGUCAGCUCAAGUUGGUAAAGUUAUCGCUUCUGUUCAAAGUGCUGUUGGUACUGCCAAAUAUCAACCUCAAGAUAUCGCUACCUUUUUAAAUUUAAUUUGUGGUGGUAUUGCUCUUGGUCUUGGUAUUUUUAGAUUAGGUUUUAUCUUAGAGUUCAUUUCAAUCCCUGCUGUUAUGGGUUUCAUGUCUGGUUCUGCCAUUAAUAUUGCUGCUGGUCAAGUCCCAGCUUUAAUGGGUUUUAGUUCUUUAGUUAAUACUAGAGCUGCUACUUAUGAAGUAAUUAUUCAAUCAUUAAAGGCUUUACCUCAUACUACUGUUGAUGCUGCUUUUGGUUUAGUUCCUUUAGCUAUUUUAAUCUUCUGGAAAUGGUUUACUGAAUUUGGUCAAAAGAGAUGGCCAAAAUAUAAAUGGUACUUCUUUUAUGUUCAACAAUUAAGAAAUGCCAUUGUUAUUAUCGUUGCUACUGCUAUAUCUUGGGGUGUUGUUCAUCCUAAAAAGAUUGCUUUCAAAGGUGCUGCUUCAAAAUUCAAACCUCCUUUCUCAACCAUUGGUGUUGUUCCAAGUGGUUUACAAGAUGUUGGUCUUUAUCAUCCUCCAAAUGGUAUUGUUCAUGAUCUUGCUCCUUAUAUCCCAAUCUCAACCAUUAUUUUAUUAUUAGAACAUAUUGCUAUUUCUAAAUCUUUUGGUAGAGUCAAUGAUUAUAAAGUUAUUCCAGAUCAAGAAGUUAUCGCCAUUGGUGUUACUAAUUUAGUCGGUACUGUUUUCCAUGCUUAUCCUGCCACUGGUUCUUUCUCCAGAUCUGCCUUAAAAGCUAAAUGUGGUGUUAGAACUCCAGUUGCUGGUCUUUUCACUGGUGCUGUUGUUUUAUUGGCUCUUUAUUGUUUAACUUCUACUUUCUACUAUAUUCCAAAAGCUACUUUAAGUGCUGUUAUUAUUCAUGCUGUUUCUGAUUUAGUAGCUGAUUAUAAGGUUACUUGGGGUUUCUGGAAUGUUUCUCCAUUAGAUUGUGGUAUGUUUGUUAUUAAUAUUAUUAUUACUGUUUUCGCUACCAUUGAAGAAGGUUGUUAUUUCGCAAUUGCUGCUUCUGCUGCUGUUCUUUUAUUUAGAAUUGCUAAACCUCAAGGUCAUUUCUUAGGUAGAGUUCAAGUUGCUGAAGUUAUUAACCCAACCAUUGCUCAAUCUGAAGGUGAAUAUAGAGAUGGUAGUAAUGAUUCUAAUGAUUCAUCUGAUGAUGUUGAAAUUCAUCAAGUCUUAGAAGAUUCUACUGAAGGUAAAAAAGUCAAAGAAAUUUCUUCUUCUACUACUUCUACUAAUGUUAGAGAUUUAGUUUCUGCUCAUCCAAAUAUUAAAUUCCAUACUAGAUGGGUUCCAUUAACCAAAGAAAAUCUUAAUGCUCAUAUCAAUGUUCAACCACCUCCACCAGGUGUGAUUGUUUUCAAACCAAUUGAAUCAUUCACUUAUCCAAAUUCAUCUCGUCAAAUUGAUAUCAUUGCUGAUGAAGCUAAACGUUUAACUAGAAGAGGUAAGCCAUAUGAUAGUCUCAGUGUUGGUUCUAGACCAUGGAAUGAUCCAGGUCCAUUAAGAUUCAAAGUUCCAUUCUUAAAUAACAAGACUGUUCAUGAAGUUGACCAAGUUGCUGAAACUAGACCAUUAUUAAGAGUUCUUCAUCUUGAUUUCUCAGUUGUUACUAAUAUUGAUGUUACAAGUAUUCAAGCUUUAGUUGAUUUAAGAAAACAAUUGAAUAAAUAUGCCGACAGAGAAGUUGAAUUCCAUUUCUCUGGUAUUUUAAGUCCAUGGGUUAGAAGAGGUUUGGUUCAAGCUGGAUUUGGUACGUAUGAUCAAAAUGGUUUAGUAAGUGAUAAAACUUUCGUUAAUAUUGCUGCUGAUAAUGAUUUAGAAAAUCAAUAUUAUGCCCCAAUCGGUACUAAUACUCCUUUCUUCCAUUUUGAAAUCCCAGAAUAUUAG